CUUCGAAUCUGGUUUUGGGCGGGAAUUGGAUCUGCAGCCGAGGCUGCCUGCUGAAACCUGAGAGCUGCAGGUUUCCAGCCUUGGCGGGGACCAUGGUGCGGCCUGCGAGGCAUAAGAAGCCAGUCAAUUACGCCCAGUUUGAGGAUUCUGAUAGUGAUGAUGACUUUGUUCCUGCAACCGCAUCGUUAAAUAAAAAAUCCAAAACAACACAAAAGGAGUUAAAACGAGACAAAUCAGAACCUAAACUGAAGAAUCUCCAGGAAAAAGACAUUCCACUACAAGAGAAAACCCCUAAAAAAAGGUUGGCUUUAGAUGAUAAGCUCUACCAGAGAGACCUAGAAGUCGCACUGGCUUUAUCAGUGAAGGAACUUCCAACUAUUACCAUUGAUGUGGAGGAGUCUCAAGGCACUGACAAACACGGCAGUAGUAAAACAGAGGCAGUGACUAAGUCUCCUCAUAUCUCCAAUUGCAGUGUAGCCAGUGAUUAUUUAGAUCUUGAUAAGAUCACUGAGGAGGAUGAUUCCCAGGGUGCUCGAGGGAGAAGAAAAGCUGCAUCCCAAGCCGUAGUCCAGCAGAGGAAGAUUCUUUCAGAAAACAGUGAUGGUGACGGAGCCGAUGACUCUGAACCAGACUUUGCAACUGGUGAAGAUUCGGAGGACGAUUCUGAUUUUAGCGAGAGUGAACAUGAUGAAAGCUUCACUGUGAGAAAAAGUAAAGUUAAAGAAAUUAAAAAGAAAGAAGUGAAGGGGAAAUCUCCAGUUGAAAAGAAAGAGAAGAAGCCUAAACCCAAACGCAGUGCUGUGGUGACCUCAGUAGACUCUGCUCCAGUUGCCAUCAAGUCAGAACCCCGGCCCUCACCAAAAAAGCUUUCUCUGUCUUCAGAGGCCACUAGGAAGCCGUUACAAAUACACAGUCCUCCAGCUGAAAGCAAGAGACCUAAGUGGGUCCCACCAGCGGUGUCCGGAAGCAGCAGCCGCAGCCCACUGGCAGGAGUGUCUGUGAAGUCACCAACUCAGAGCCUGCGCCUUGGCUUGUCCCGAUUAGCACGAGUUAAACCUUUGCAUCCAAAGGUUUAACUGCUGCCAGUAGCUGAGUGUAGUAGCAAGGAAAUGUUCGAUUGAGAGGAUCUCACUUUUAUAAGCGUGUUUAUAUUUGAAGAGGGUAUUGUAAUAUAAAGGAUUCCUGUAAAGUCAUAUGAAUUAUCUCCACCUGUUUUGUGACUGUUCUCUGAGAAGUUAUGCGAGGCUUCAGUAAGAGGUUUGUUUAUGAGAAUUAUCUUAGAAUGUUAGUCCCUUCGGAAGAGCGUAUUCUCUAAGGCAUUGUCAUUACGCGCUGUCAGUUUGACGUGGAGGAUGUCCAUGUUACAUGCUGUUCUUUUCUGGUAACACACACGAUGGUUCUUUCUGGCUUUGUCUAGUUUAUGGCACCUGAAAUUUAACUGUUUAGUUUAUCUGGCAAAAGGAAAAUUCCCAUUUCUGAAAUUUUAUAAGUUACUUAAGCUACAUUGUCAGUUUUAGUGCAAUGAUGUUUCAUAUUUUAGCCAAAUGUUUUUAUACUGAGAAUUCAGAAUUAUUUUCCACAUUAAAAGUUGCUAUCCUAGUGUAUGUUUCCUGUUUAGAAGUAGAUGGUUAGAUAGCAGAUAGAGUUUCAUGACAUUUUAUGAAGCCCUCAUGGUCAAAACUUUUAAUAAAGGGAAAAAAUUUCAGUAUGCGCUUUUCCCUUGAUACCAAUGCAUCCGUCUCUAGUUGUCUACAUUUCAUGCUAAAAUGAGUGCUCUGCAGAAAAGUGCCAGCCUUUCUGUUGUAAAUACAAAAGGAAAGAGCUGUUUCUUAAAGUCGUCACUUUAUGUUAAGCCUGUGCUUUAGAGGGUGACUGUCAAGUACUGUGAUCCCUGUUGUAUGAGAUAGUAUAGCCCUUCAGGAAGCGUAGAUCCUAACUCACUGUGAAUAAAAACAGUAAUAGAUAUUUUAUAUUUAUGGUGAGAAUUUCAACCAGCUCCUGAUCACUUUUUAAUAAAAAUUCCUUGAAUCAUGUGAACCAUUUAAAAAUACAUAAUACUUAGUUCUUCUUGGUUUAUGAAAUAGCUGUGUUAACGUGAAAAUAAGUAAUUUAGAAUUAUGAUUAAAGUGAGCAUUUGCCUGCUGCUAUUGUAUAUAUUUUUCUUAUCUAGUAUAUAAUACUGUCAUAUAACCCCUCACGUAUCCCACCCUACCCCUCCUUGGAAACAUGUUUUCCAGGGACACGGUAUUGAGGUCCUCUGUAUGCUGCAGUUUAACAAUAAACAUUUAUUAAGAGCCUACCCUGUGUUAGUACUGAUAUCAUUGAUUAAUCAUCUCGACCAGCUUGAUGAACCUGUGUUUUCUAUGUUAUUGAUAUUAAUAGUUUCUACUAAAAAUUAAAGUGUGUCAAAACUGGCUUGCAGAAACCACACAUGACCUUUCUGUUGCCAAACCCAGGGCACACUUUCUCACCUCAUCUUACAGACCCUAUCAUCAUACCCUGCUUUAACUCGUUUUAUUUUCUGGGCUCAUACGACACCAUUCUUUUGUACUUUUCUCGCCACCUCCCUGCCCACUCUUCAUUGUUUUGUGGCUUGCUAAUCUUUUGUGUCACCUACACCACUGCUCUCACCACCAUAUCCUAUUCUGUGUGAUUCCAUUCUUUUCCCCCUGCUUCUUUUUUCUUUCAGAGCUUGGGUGACUUCAAGUUCCAGUGGUCCCCUAUGUAACAGUGACUGCCAAGUCUGAAUUUUUUAGCCCAGACCUUGUUCUUGACACAGACCUGUUGCCUGGUCCAUUGAUCAUCUGAUAUGAGUCAUCACUGAACCAAUGCCGUCACCCCCACCCCAGGUUUUUUCCUGCCUAUAUUUUCUGUUGGUAAAUAGCAUCACCAUCAGUCAACUGAGGUGCCUGAGGCACUUGCACCCUUCAC